AUGGCGGAUAGAAGACAGAGAGAGAUAGAAGAGAAACGUGCGAAAAUACAAGAAUUAAGAAGAGCUAGGGAAGAACGUAAAGCUCAAGCUGAGAAAGGUUCAACAGAACCAUUAACUUCUUCCAGACGUGAUGUAAAUGAACUGGUGGAAUCUCUCUUGGCACCAAGUACCAGACCCACUUCACCUUUCGUCCCCGCUCCGAGCACACGUCAGGUCACACCUUCUCAGUUAUCCCAGCAGACGGGAGACACACCACCAGGUUUGACAGGUACUAUUACCCCUGGUGGACGGGCUAGUAGAUUGAGUAACGAUGGUUCUACUCAAGGUGGAAGGAGGGUACCUAGUGGUGGAACUGGAAUCAGUGGGAUAGGAGGGACGGAUAGAAGAGAAUUGAUGGGGUCACCUUUUCAAAUCAUGGUGGAUUAUGUGGACCAUCAAGCUGAAUUGUAUGAACUACCUUCGAAACCAUCAAAACCAGUAACAUACUCCAAAGCUAUCCAAACUACCGGUACUUCUACUUCCACCUCCACAUCCGAUCUUGACUCAGAUGAGGAUGAUCCCUCACGACGAAGACCAGAUGGAGGAUCAGGUAGAGAAACAGAAGAUGAGAUGAGGAAACGUAUAUUGUUGGAAUUGGAAGAAGAGAGAAAAGCUUUGGAGAAAGAGUUGGAAGAAUUGAAAUCGAGAGAUAAGGUCAUGCCUAUGGCUGAUGUUGAAGAACUCUCUUCUGAACAAAAACAAGCGAUAUUUCACAAUCCCGACUUUGCGAUAUUCAUAGAUGAAUCUACUAGAAUAGUCCAACGAGCUCUGAGCGACAACUACGAUUACAUCAAAGAUUAUACCAUAGGUAUUGACAGUACAUUCGACGAAUCAGAAGGUCAAAAAGUCAAAUUAUUCUGUUCCUUCUCCGACGACCGGUGGACUACAGGAAGGUCCGUCACGGACCUAGAUUGGUCUCAUAAAUUUCCCGAACUCGUAGCGGCGUCUUAUAACAAGUCCCCAUCUGCGUUGAACGAUCCAGAUGGGAUUGUGGCUGUUUGGAAUUUACAUUUGUUGGAACGACCAGAGUUCAUCUUUCAUUCUCCCUCCGACGUCUUAUCCGUAACAUUCUCACCAUUCCACCCUACUCUCAUCUUCGGCGGUUCGUAUUCCGGUCAAAUACUUCUCUGGGAUACACGAGCGAAACAUCUCCCAGUGUUGAAAACCCCAUUAUCGGCUUCAGGUCAUACGUAUCCGAUCUAUUCUAUGAAAAUGGUAGGAACGCAAAAUGCCAAUAAUUUGAUCACUAGUUCGACAGAUGGUUUGGUUUGUACUUGGUUGACUGAUAUGCUUGCUCAACCUCAAGAAGCUUUAUCCCUCUCUAUCCCUUCACAUAACAAAACUGACGAAAUAUCCAUAACUGCCCUAGACCUUCCAGACGGUGACACUUCAACCCUUUGGAUAGGUACAGAAGAAGGUUCCAUCUAUCCUGCUAAUCGAUACGAUCGAGCAUCUUCCAAAGCUGGUUUAAUAUCCGAAGACGUCCAUCGAGGUCAUUCAGGUGCCAUAACGGGAUUACAUCUUCAUCCAAGUAGUGGUCCGGUCGAUCUAUCAGAUUUAUUCUUGACUAGUUCAGUAGACUGGACCGUAAAGUUAUGGAGAACGAAGCCUUCAAAAGUUCCGUCGAAUAUAUCAUCUUCAAGCUCUACAAAUAAGAGUGGAGGAGGAGGGGUAGGACCGAUACAUUCUUUUGAAGAAUCAGAUGAUUAUGUUUUCGACGUUAAAUGGCAUCCUCAUCAUCCUUCGGUGUUUGGGACAGUAGAUGGAACUGGGAAAUUUGAUCUUUGGAAUUUGAAUCAAGAUGUUGAGGUCCCAAGUAUAUCAACACAAGUAUCAACGACAUCAUUGAAUAAAUUAUCUUUCGAUCAUACUUCUUCUUCCCGUAGAGUAGGUAUAGGAGGUUCUGAUGGUGUUUUAUACAUUUACGAAUUAUCAGACUCUUUGAUCAUACCGAAAGAAAAUGAAUGGGUGGAUAUGCAAAGGACCGUUAAUGGUUUAAGUUUGGUUAAUGAAUCGUAA